CGCUAUUCUCCUACACUUCUAGGUCUGGGAGGCUAGCGCCCAAGUUGAACAGCAAACGACGAGGACGAAACAUGUCGAACACGGGGCUAAUCCACAAGCUUUUAAGACGUCUAUGGCAAGUCUUGGCGGUGCUCGCACAUUCAUCUGUUCAGCGACUCCGUAUCCUUGUGUCUUUCUUGCGGUGUUGUGCCACCAAGGCUCGCGCUUUACCUGGACACAGUACUGGCGCAAAGUCUUCCACUGCAGAUUCAUGCUGUCCCGGGGCUUUCAGUGCACGAUGUUCACAGGCUACCUUGCCAUUGCCGCUUCACCGCCAAAUAAACCCAACUAGUACAUCAAGUGGUAUUCAAGACGCGGCGUCGUCUUCAACACCUCCAUACUCUAUGCCUGUUCCAUACAUUCCUGCGCGAGUUAUCCUGUCUUACACUUCUUCGCCCCCAGAAGUUAAUGUUGCGAUUCCUUCCGACGCUCCCGGCACCACUCUCCGUUUUGUACCAUUUGCUGCGAAUGAUGUUUUGCGAUAUGAUAAUCGUCCUCUUGUAGAUAAGGCCCAUGAGUGCGAUCACAUUCCAGCACUCAUGAGGCACUUCCCGAAUAAGUCAUGUCCAUGGUUGGAUGGUGAUUGGAAGUCAUACAUACAUCCUGAAGGCGCAUUGUAUUUAUACAAUAUGACUCGAAAAACAUUCACUGAGGCCAUCAUGGAUGAAACUACGUUUCACCUGCUCGCUGGAUGCGUAGAUGGGCUAUACGAUAUGGCACGCGCGAAAUCAACGAGUUCCGAAGCCGAAGACAUUGAGCUUGUUGUGCAAUUAUGGCCGACUGAAGACGAAAUAACCUGUCAAUAUUACUUCGUCGACCACGCAACUCGAACUCUCUUUUGGCUGCACGAUACUAGCCACGAAACGACAGUGAACAUUUUUAGCGGGCUCCGGGGCGUCGAUGAUCCGAGCCACAUUCGGUUUGCCUUGGAGUCCGAAUACUGGACGCACUGCGAACGCUACCCGAACCACCAGAUGGAUCGAGUCAAGCUUCUCAAAGAACUGAGAGAGGUCGUUAUGCAUGCGAGUGCAGAGAUAAUCACUUCAGACAUGUCCUUAUCGCCUUUUGAUGCAGAUGAACUCUCCAGAAUUCUGGAGCUGAUCAACCACCUCCAAGAGAACGCUAAGGAAAAGGAUUUUCCUCAUUCCACUUGCAUCAUUGCUAGAUUCAUGCAGUAUUUCUAUAGAGCCAAGUUUUUCAACUUCUGCGGCCUACCUUGUGCUCGACUCGAUGCUGACAGAUCCGUGUAUGAAGAGGAUACAGGCUUUCAUCCACUGAUCGCACCUUUUUCUCUUGUUUUCGAAGCCAUGCUUUUUUGGGCACCGCAAGCGCACUUGAACGAUAUUCGAAGGGUAUGGGUGGAUGAGUGCAUCAACACGCCGCGAUGGAAAGACUUCAACACAAAACUCAUGGCGGAGUGGACUGGGAUCACCAUAUACUCAACCGUCAUGUUAGCCGUAGACGUCAGUUUCCUUGCAGUGCCGAACAUGAACAUUAGCCAGUCACAGUCGAUUGGAAUCAUUGCUACCUAUCUCUCUAUCAUCUUCAUCACCGGCUCCUUGAUUGCAUCGGUCCUUCUGGCGCGUCAGAACCAGAGAUACGGGUUUGAAUCAGCCGACAAAGCGGCUGAAGUUCUGUCGAAUUUGACAGGCACGUUUUUUGGAGUGAAAGCCCUCGCUACUGUUCACAGUCUCCCGUAUGCGAUGCUUAUGUGGGGGAUGAUCUACUUCGCAAUCGGCCUUCUGUACAACGUCUUCAAAUUUACAACGACGGCCAUGCUGGCAUCAAUCGUCAGCGGGUGCGUGGUCGUUACCGUGUUCAUAUCGUGGUUCAUCUGGGCAGCGAGAGAGGUCCAUAUUUUCAAACGACUGACCAAGUCCGUUCUUUCUGUCACUAGCGGGAGAUAGUAUCCAACCUUAGCGCUUCGGGUAUUCUUAUCAUGUUGACCAUGCAGACUGUGCGGUGGCACUAUUAUCAACCAAGUCUUCAGUG